AUGCCCCCCCGUAAGCGCGUAAAGCGCAACGGGGAGGACUCACCCCCCACCAAUACACCUGUGCGCAGCACAAGACGCGUCCCCGACACCCAGCGAACGCCAGCAACGCACCGUAACACCCGGGCCCAAUCCGUUCGGUCCACACGCUCAGACGCGACGUCCACCCCACUCCCGACAGGUCGCGCACCAAGCCCGUACCGCACUCGACACCGAAGAUCUGUACGAGGCCCAGAGCUCGCAGAGCUUGAAGGCAGUCGCGAUGACUGCGUCCCGCCCAGCGACGACGAGGAAUACGACGCGUGGCGAGCUGUGCGCGCCAUCGAGCGCGCCGAGCAGCUGCAACUGGAGGACGACGAGUCUGAAGCAGGACCGUCGCAGCCCAGUCCAAGACCCAGUCUCAGUCCCGCCAACUCCCCCAUCUCUCGGCGCUCAGCUUCUCCGCACGCCUCGUUGCCGCCUGUUCCCGCGCCGCCUGCAUUCGAGGCCUUCUUCGACGACUAUGCCUCGUCGUCGUCCCUCGACGACGGCAUUGAGGUCGACGACUAUGUGCCGUCAAGGAAGGGCAAAGAAGUGAUUCGGGGUGGGUGUGUGCUCUCGCGCUCGCCCUCCCCUGCCCCACUGGACGUCGUGGUGUCAUUGGCGUCCCAGCCAGCCGUGAUACCUUUGUCGGUUCGGUCACCGCCGCAGCACACCUCUCCCCUCCUGUCUGUCGCCAACAGUAAGGCGCGGAACAGCUCGUCCCUCCCCCCACCAUCUCCGUCCUUGUCACCGGAACGCCAGUCGCCGAUCGCUGCUCGCUUGUCAUCGCCGGCACACAAGCCGCCAGACCCACCAGACGGUGGUGGUGGCGGCGACGCUGACGUCUUUGCCGGUUUCGAGCCAGACCUUGGCAUGGAUCUCGAUGAUGACUACUUUGACGAGUCGCUUCCACCUCUACGACAUACGACUCGGGAGCCAGUCCAGGAGCCAGACCAGGAGCCAGACCGGGAGCCAGACCUAGAUGUCGAUCGCGAGUCACCAGACCCUCUGCGAGUGUCGCCUGGUCCGCCAUCAAGACUACAUUCUGCCGCCAUUCCCCGGCAUUCACCCUCACCUUCUCCACGAGCUCAACCUCCUCGCAUUCCCUCAUCCCCUCCCGACCCACUUGACCUCAUCGGCGCAGAGUCGCCUAGCCCACCCCCAGUGCCGCUGCCACCCCCACGUUCUCACCCUUCCCUCCCACACCCACCGUCUCCUCCGUCAUCUCGGACUCGCCCUCUGGCUCCUACCCCGCCACGAUCACCUCAGUCACCCAACGUGCCGCCCUUGACUGACAAUGGGGUCCACAACCGGCCCCAGUCUCGCUCCAGCUCCCCUCUCACCGACCCUCCUUCCUCUCCGCCCCCAUCCUCGUUCCGGCGCCACCUCAUGAUGCCACCACCGGCAGCGGCUGACCCUGCUCUACUUCAGUUCCGCUCUGCGCGUUCGUUCCGCACCCGCACGGCUCUCCAGCUGCAGCCCUACACAAGGGAGCGACAGCAGUACCAGUCCGCACUACGCCAAGGUGGUCUGACCAAGGGCCGCCGUGCCGUUGCGCCAGCGGCUGAAGUGACCGCCAACAAGGACACGGACACGAGCGAGAGCGGCGACGUCUCGAGUGCGGCCGACGAAGACGCGACCCCACCUGAAGCGAUCGUCAUUGGUGCCACUCAAGAGGCACCCCGAGAGCCACGGCAUCGUCCGCCCAAGGAACUCGUCGACGCCGACUUUGACGAGUACUUUGUGCGCUUUGGCGAGGUGGCUGUCGAGGAGGAUGACGAGGCCGCCAAGCGACUACAGGUCAUUGCCCGGGAACGGCUCAAGAAGGCCAAGGAGAUGAGACGGCAGCUGCGCGCCGAGGACAAGGUCCGCCGCCAGUUUGAGGCGCUCAUGGCGGGCGAGCAGGCGCAGGCCGUAAGGGAGAAGAGGGAGAAGGACAAGGAAGAGAGGAGACAGAGGAAAGAGAGGGAGCGAGUGGAAAAGGAGAAGCGAGACCAGGAGCGGCAGGCGAGAAGAGAAUUGGAGGCGGAGAGCAAGCGAGAACGUGAAGCCAAGAGGGACGAGGCUCGCACGAGGCAACUUGAAAGGAACAAGACUGCCGGACGAACCAUUCGAACGCCGACAUCGAAUGGCGGCAAGACGCCUCGCACCAAGACCUACGGUGGCAAGAACCGUCGCCCACUGCUCGACAUGUCCGGCGACUCUGAGCUCUCCGAUGCACCACCCGAGGUGGAGACUCGCAGGCCGACACACGCCCGUUUACCGUCUCCGUCGACUACUCCGCUGAGCCCGGUGCUUGCUCCUCGGCGCCGUCGGUCGCCCAGUGCCCGUGACCAGACACCACCCUUGCCUGAAUACGAGGCGCCAGCCUAUGAUGAUUUCGGUGGUGGUAUCUUUGACGACUUUGGUGGUGACGACGGCGGGCCAGACGACUACGGUACGCCGCUUCCACCGCGCCGACGCGACUCUCGUGGACCAGUGUCCACACAACGGCGGCGCCUUCCCUCCAGCUCGAGUGGGGACGACUCGGACGCCGACGCCGAUUCCGAGUCGCACGACUCGUCUGCGCCCGCGCCAGCGGACAGGCGCGAGAAGAUUGCACGCCGCAUGCUUCCCGGUGUCAUGCUCAAGCGGCUGGCUGCUGCCGAAAAGGACAGACAGGCCCGCAAGGCCGCGGCGCAACGUCAACGCUCUGGUCGGGACAGGGAUACCCCAUCUCCUGUGCGACCGGGACACGCCGUAGUGCGCCGAGGGUCCGGCCACGGUCUCGAGGACAUGGUCGACCUGUUCGCCUCGGACAACAGUGACAACGACAACGGACCCCUGGCGCUUGAGGCCGAGGAAGGUGACACGGACGCGUCUGACGGCGCCAUUGUCAUUUCGAGUGACUCGGAGGGCUUUGAGGCACGCGAGGAUAACCGCCACGACGGACUUGCCAACUUGCAACGCGGUGACUUUGAGGCCCUCGUGCGAGGUCGAGAUGCCGAUGGACGUCACCGCAGUGACCGCGAGCGUGGCCGAGACAAUGGAAACGACCGGGGUGAUGGCCAACGGAGUCACAAACGGCGCACACCUCGACCCGCCCUUGGCCUCAAGAAACGCGUACGCGCGCCACCAUUGUCGCCAAGGGGUAUGGUCCAGGCGCGUCUCGACUUUCCCGUCGUGGACAAGCCGGAGAGCAGGAGCUCCAAGCGUACCAGCAAGAGCAAGAACCGCAGCGACCGCGUACGACACGACGCUCCCCGGGGCCGUACCAAGACCCACCGUCCCGCGAUCCGUCUCGACGACUCGGUCAUCUUCGCCACCGACGACUUUGCCUUUGAGAGCGACAAUGACGAGAUCACCGUUAUCAAGGAGGUGCAGCCACCACAUGCCAAGCGGACGUUUGCGCGUGUGUCGUCCAAGAACGACCCAAGGGCACGCGCACAAGCCGCUCGGUCGUCUGCGUCGCCGGCACGGAGCUCGCCGAGGAACAGCAGUCCUGCUCGUGACCCACGCCGUGCGCUUGAUGAAGGGAUCGGCAAAGCCCGCUCGUGGGCGAAUUUCGACCGCUUCCCGGUCGAUUUUGACAUUACGCCGCUGCCCUCGGGCGUGUACUGCGCUGCCACGACCGUGGUUGGUUCGGGCCGUCUCGCGACCAUGCUCGAUGUUCUGGCCGGAGGCCCCGUCGAACCCAAGCCGGUACACGCGCACGGCGUCGAUCUCCAUCCCGACAUGGGUCUGGAGGAAACGCUCGCCGUCCUCCCGAUCGUGCUCGAUGGCGCGUCUGCCUCGCUCCGCUCGUUCAUCGACAACCCCAGCCGCCAGCCGGAGCUCGCUGGCAAGGUCUUUGCGCCGCUCGCGUUCCUCCGGGACCUCUUCGCCUCGUCGCCCGAGUCGCACUCUGCGUUCACCCACCUCGUCGAAUUCGGUGCCAAGCUCGAUGGCAUUGCUCUGACUGGCAGCAAGGAAGACCGUGCCACCAUUGAGCAGCUCAUGUUGGUGCGCUACACCCUUCUGGAGAUGGCUGUCUUUGCCAGUCCCAUGGACGUGCCUCGUUCGGCUACUGCCUUGGUCCGCCUGCUUCUCGUCUACGGCUUUGACCGUACACUCCGGCCUCUGAAGCGUAUCCUGCGCGUCCAGGCAGACACGCCCGAGAUCACAGACGAGUCAGUCGCCCUGUGGGUGGCGCUCGGGUACAUCCUCGCCGCUCACGACAAACAGUACGCGAGUGCCAGUGCCGGUGCGGCCGACGACACAUUUGCGCAGGUCAUUGUGGACGCGCUCUCGCAGCGGUUCCCCAACGAGGUGGGGCCGCUCGCCGCCGAACGUGUUUGGUUCCUCCUGUUUGGUCUGUGCGCGCUAUCGCAGUUUGGCCCCGACGGUGUUGUUGUGGCAGAGUACACUCCUCACCCACGCUGGGGACUUGUGCGCCGUGCCGUUUCACUUAUCAAGGUCACACACUCUCAAGAGGCCGAGGAGGCCGCACAUUCGGACCAACUGCAAGGACGAGACCGGUACAUCAAGACCGUCGUCGCGCGCUGCUUGCGCCUGUCCUCGACAUGGACGUGGAGCUUUGACCGAGGCAGCUUCUCGGUCGCCACACGCGACCUGGGUAUGAUCUUCAAGGACCGCCAGCACCGCAACCUGCCAACCGAGCCGCCGGCCGACUUUCCAGCCUUCAUCUCACAGUUUGACCUUUCGUUGACAGCGUCCGAGGAGACCAAACGUGCGAGUGCGUUUGAACUGUACCUCCGCCUGGCCGCUGUGGCAGCGUCGGACCUUAUCGGGUCAGCCGAGGAGCUGUCCGCAGCUCACCAGGCGGAGCGGGACGUCCAGCGCCUCAUUAUGAGCAUCUUCCCCCUCUCGGCAGUGACCUUUACGCGCGCAUCCCCUCCGACACCGCGGCAGCUCGGCGCCCUCGUGAAUCGCUACUCGACCAUGGUGGUCGCAUGCUACUUUUCGCCCGCCCUUCUUCCCUGGCUGCUCGCCAACUCGCUCAAGUGGCUCGCGUUUGACAAGGCCGGCUUUGAGUCGCGCCAGGUCGUCAUCCGCGGACUGAUGUACCUCGCCGUCGCGUGCCGUCACCACUCGCACCCACUGGAUGCUGUUGUCGGUCGUCUGGCUGACAUACUCGCCACACUCCAGACCGAGCUUGAGUCAGUUGGCAGACCCACCAACCCGACCCACUUCCCCACCCGUGUCGAGAUUGAGCGCACCAUGGUGCUCGUCGUUACCGCGUUCCGUCAAAUCAUCUUACACACAGGCUACGCGCCAAGGCCACAGCCAGUGUAUCCAGACCCGGCACUUCUGCACGAGUGCUGGACGGCACGUGUGUUUGACCUCGACCUCGCCAAGGACGUCAAGUCUGGUCUCGAGAUUGUGUCGACCAUCCAGGCAUUCCUCGACGCACGCUCCGCCGCUCUACCAACACGUGCACGUCAGGCGCGUAACACCGCCCUCGAAAGUCUCGACGACUACCCCUCGCUUGGAUUCGACUUUGAUGCCGUCGACCUGGCCGCGCUCGGUGGCGACACGGAGGCACGUCCCGUCGACCCCAUGGAGGUCGCAGACGCAAAGUUUGCACAGAUCAUCCUCAACGUCAUCUGCCCCAAGAUCUACCGUCUCCUCAGCGACAUGCUCCCGCCCGUCCUCGACUCUGUGACCGAUGGCGACGAGCGGACCGACCGCCAAGUGUUGAUCAACAAGCUCACCAAGUGCUGGUCCGACUGCGCGGCCAUUGUCGUUGUGGAGCACCACCUGCAGGAAUGGUCCACAUACGUCGGUCCCUUUGGACAGCAGUCAUGGUCGCGCCUGGGCAACGACGCCGGCCGCGUCCAGGUCGGCCUGCACUUUAUGCUCAACGUGGCGCUCCUCGAUCCGGGCGCGUUCCGCACCCACGAAGAAGAGUUUAUCGCGCUCCUGUUCCAGACGCUCGUGACGGACCGCCUGACGAUCGAGCACAAGUACGCCUUUGCGGUGUUUGGCCUUCCCUUUGCGCUAGACCACGCCCUCUUUGCCGGUGUGCGCGAGCUCUUACCGCCCGACGGCGCCGAGUUUGACCGCGCCGGGUUCAUGGAUAAGCGGCCCGAGAUCCUCGCCGCGAUAUUCGGCAACAUUGACCCGCUCCUCGGGUCGCGCUUCACCCCGGCCGAUAUGAAGACGCUCAUCUACCGCUGCGUCAACCUCCUCGUCGGCGCCAUGGUCGGGUACGAGUCGGCCAUUGACGCGCGCAGGGUGAUCCACCGCGAGUCGUACCGCGUCUUUGUGCGCGAGACGGUGCGUGAGCUGCGGCGCGUGGCGGGCGACUAUGUCUCGCCCGUCGGGGUGCCGGCGCUCAAGGCGUUGGAGUGGAAGUAG